AUGCGCCAUGGUUUGGUUUUACUUAACACUGAUACUAAUACUCCGGAGGAUGAGCGCAGCAAAUCUAAUAUAGAUCUAGUUCUCUCGACUUCAUCGUUCGCUGAUAUGACAUUUAAGUUGACCUCAGUUGAAACUAGGUGGGAGGAGCUCACUAUGGAGCUAAAUGACACAUAUCCGAAAUUCCUACAAUUAGAAUAUGAUAAUUUAACUCCUCCUGCAAAAUAUAAAUUCUUUGUUGAUCAUCUCUUGAAUAAAAUACAGAAAUUUGCCCCGCGUAGAAAGAAAGUCCUUCCUGAACAACAUAGAAAUCCUGUGGCAUGGUGGGAUGCUGAUUGUGAUAAGGCUAAGAUAUCGAGAAGGGCUGCUUACAAGAAGUGGUCCUACGCAAAGUCGGAGGAACAUCAUAAUCUUUACCGGGAGUCUGUUAUUAAAACCAGAAAAUUAUUCCAACAAAAGAGAAAAGAAAACUUUAAAAACUUUUCAGAAACGGUGGACAUUAGGAAAACUGCGACCUAUAGUUGGAAUAAAUGUAAAAUCCUUAAAAAUGCAUGGGUCAACAAUUAUUCCCUCAACAAACAGAACCAUUUUCAAUACGUUAGCUGUAUUCCUGAGGCUUUGGAUACUCUGGCUCCUCCUUGGUGCUCCACUGAUCCCGAGUAUUUAGCGAUCUAUCAGGAGAAUGACAUUUUGAAUUCUCCAUUUAACUAUGCUGAAUGUAGUAUGGCUCUUUCUUCUCGCAAAAUGAACUCUUCCUCAGGUCUGGAUGGCAUUACCUAUGAGGUUUUGAAAAGACUCUCUCCUAAGUACCAAUUAACUCUGUUGGAUAUUUACAACGAUAUGUACUCUACUGGAAGUUUCCCUGAGGAAUGGACCACACAAUUCAUCCAUUUCACACCCAAACCUAAUGGAUGUGGAGUUCGUCCAAUUGCUCCCUCAUCAUAUGAAAAUUUAGCUAGAAAUCGCGAAACCAUAGCGGGUUUUCUUGACAUAAAAUCUGCCUUCGACAAUGUAGACAUCAAUAUUCUCCUAGAUAAACUUGCAUUAAUUGGCUGUACAACCACUAUGAUUAAAUAUGUCAAAUUUCUGUCACGGGAAAGAUCAAUCACAUCUCAAUGUAAUAUCAUACUCAGAACAGUAUAUAAGGGAGUUCCACAAGAGGGUCUCCCCAUGGGAGUUAUUGAUUCCCAAUUUGCCGAUGACAUCGCUCUCUACUAUUCUUCCCCCUCUGUUCCGAGAAGCUUGAGAAUUAUAGAAUAUUCAGUGAAAAUUAUUGAUCAAAAUCUCAAAAAUCUGGCUCUCGCUCUGGCACCUCACAAGACGGAAAUGAUCCAUUUCAAUAAAAGACGCAUACCUCCCCACAAUUCUGUUAUAACCAUUGGAGGACACGAAGUGAGAUGUAAUCCAACAGCUCGUUUUCUUGGGCUCAUCUUUGAUCAGAAACUCACAUUCAAACCUCAUCUUGAAAAAGUUCUUAGACUCUCUCUAAAAACUCUAAAUAUGGUUAAAUUCAUUAGAGGCACUUGGUGGGGAUCUGAUCCAAUUACUCUCACCAUGAUGUACAAAGCAUUUGUUCGUUCAAUAAUAGAGUAUGGAUUGUUCAUGUACAUCCCGUCUUUCAAUUCUCAUUUGGAUAAAUUGGAGAAAAUCCCAUAUGCAGCCAUACGCUUUGCAUUAGGUUACAGGAAUUCAACGCCUAGACCUAUCACUAGACCAAAAUUGAUGAAACAAUGCAUACAAGAAAUUUCAGUAAUAUUGCCUUCUCUACACACAGAUCCACAUUACAAUAUUUUCAAUGUCAAUUAUAGUUGUUUAAUAAGCUCCCCAACCUUUGAUGAUGAAUCAGGUCAUGUUGUCAGGAGGGUGGCUGGAUCUGGGUCCAACCCUAAUCCAGUUCUUUUUCAACGGUCCUCUGAAUUCAUCAGAAUUUAUACUGAUAGGAGUAAGAGAAAAGGUGGGAUUGCGGUUGGGGCAGCAUGUCAUUGCCCAUUUCUGGACAUAAAUAUUAGCGUUAAUAUGAAUCCUAUAGCCUCUAUCUAUACAGCAGAGUGCUUAGCACUCAGUGAAGCAAUGAAAAUAGUUGAUGCUCAUCCUGACCUAAAAUUUUUGAUUGUUAGCGAUUCACUCAGUGCUCUUCAAUAUUUAUCAAAACCAAUUAUCAAUAUUAGAGCCAAUAAAUAUGUACUCAAUGUUCAAGAGAAGUGUGUAAACAGGCCAGAUUCAAUUAAAUUUGCAUGGGUUCCACCCCAUACUGGUAUUGAUGGAAACGAAGAGGCGGAUCAUCUCGCCGGGAGUGCAACAUCCUACCCAUUUAAUAGGGAGAUCUUGCUUCCCUUCACGGAUUUUACUGAGGGGUAUACAGGAGAGUUUUUUACGAACACAGAAAUAAAGAUAUUAGAAAUGAGUGUUUUCAAUGGAAUAAACUAUUUCGAGCACUAUUAUAAAAGUGGCGGGAAGCCUUGGUAUUCUCGGUUUCCCAAACUGCACAGAAGGACUGUCUCGUGGGUGAAUAAGGCCAGGGCGAAUCACUACAGCCUGGCCGGCUCUUUGAAAAGGGUUGGCUGCGUUGGGUCUGCGGCCUGUGAAUGCGGUGACCCGGUUCAAGAUUUGGAUCGCGUGUUGUGGAACUGUCCUACCCAUGAGCAGUCCCGUCUAAAACUAAUUAGUGGAUUACACAAAAAGAGACUCUCCCCCCUUCAUGAAAUUCGGAAAUUUCUGAAGACCUUAGAUCGCAAAAUGAUACUACUAAUUGAUUCCUUUUUCAUCUCAUUUUAUAAUUACCGAGUUUGUAAAUGA